ACUCUGAAACAGUAUGAUCUGAACAAUGAGGAUGAAGAAUCUCAGAAUUCUACCAAAAUUUUUAUUAAAGAUUAUUGGGGUAUUGAAGAGUCAGGAAUAUUAUGUAUUACGGGUAGAGUUUUAGUGACUCCACCUUCUUUUCAAGGAAAGAGGAUAAAAUAUUCCAUAGUUGAAUAUGAACCAUUAUUGGAUUCAUGUAAUAUGAUAAGUGAUGACUGGGUUAGAAUUGCUACUGAUAUUGAACUAAAUUAUCAAUCAUUUGAUGCUUUUAUAAUUUUACACGGAACUGAUACUAUGGCUUAUACUGCUAGUGCACUUAGUUUUCUAUUGGAGAAUUUGGGAAAGACUGUAAUUUUGACUGGUUCUCAGGUUCCGAUAUCUGAAGUUCGAAAUGAUGCUGUCGAGAAUUUACUCGGUGCACUUACGAUUGCCGGUCAUUACGUAAUCCCCGAGGUUUGUUUAUUCUUCAACAACAAACUAUUUCGUGGUAACAGAGCCGUCAAAAUGAACGCUGUAGAAUUUAAUGCAUUUGACUCUCCAAAUUUGUCACCAUUGGCUACAGUUGGAAUAAAUAUUC